CUUUCCGUCUUCGGCCGCAGUGAGAGGAGUCGCCGCCAUGUCCGCGCAUCUGCAGUGGAUGGUGGUGCGGAACUGCUCCAGCUUCCUGAUCAAGCGGAACAAGCAGACGUACAGCACGGAGCCCAAUAAUCUGAAGGCCCGCAACUCCUUCCGCUACAACGGGCUGAUUCACCGCAAGACGGUGGGCGUGGAGCCGGCGGCCAACGGCAAGGGGGUCGUGGUGGUCAUGAAACGGAGAUCCGGACAGCGGAAGCCAGCCACCUCCUAUGUUCGCACUACCAUCAACAAGAAUGCCCGAGCCACCCUCAGCAGUAUCCGACACAUGAUCCGCAAGAACAAGUACCGCCCAGACCUGCGCAUGGCCGCCAUCCGCAGAGCCAGUGCCAUCCUGCGCAGCCAGAAGCCUGUGAUGGUGAAGAGGAAGCGGACCCGCCCCACCAAGAGUGCCUGAGCAAUAAACUUUCCUGGGGCCUUGGGCCUUGUCAAAAAAAAAAAAAAAAAAAAAAGAA